CCGCCCGCCCCUUCCCUCGGCGCGCCGGCCCUACCGAGCCGGCCGGCCGGCCUGGCUCCCCUCCCCGGCCCCGACGGGCGGGCGGGCUGCCCUGAGGAGACGGGGAGGGGAGAGCUGGGCCGGCCGGCGGGCGGGCUACGAUGCCGAACUUCUGCGCUGCCCCCAACUGCACGCGGAAGAGCACGCAGUCCGACUUGGCCUUCUUCAGGUUCCCGCGGGAUCCAGCCAGAUGCCAGAAGUGGGUGGAGAAUUGUAGGAGAGCCGACUUAGAAGAUAAAACACCUGAUCAGCUUAAUAAACAUUAUCGGUUAUGUGCCAAACACUUUGAGACCUCUAUGAUAUGUAGAACUAGUCCUUAUAGGACAGUUCUUCGAGAUAAUGCUAUACCAACGAUAUUUGAUCUAACCAGUCAUCUGAACAAUCCACAUAGCAGACACAGAAAACGAAUAAAAGAAUUGAGUGAAGAUGAAAUCAGGACACUGAAACAGAAAAAAAUUGAUGAAACUUCUGAACAGGAACAAAAACAUAAAGAAACAAACAACAGCAAUGCUCAGAACCUCAAUGCAGAAGAAGGAGGUGAAGAACAGGAUGAAGACAUUUUACCUUUAACCCUCGAAGAGAAGGAAAACAAAGAAUACCUAAAAUCUUUAUUUGAAAUUUUGAUUCUUAUGGGAAAGCAAAACAUACCUCUGGAUGGACAUGAGGCUGAAGAAAUCCCAGAAGGUCUCUUUACUCCUGAUAACUUUCAGGCUCUGCUGGAAUGCCGCAUAAAUUCUGGUGAAGAGGUUCUGAGAAAACGCUUUGAGACAACAGCAGUUAACACACUGUUCUGUUCAAAAACACAGCAGAAGCAGAUGCUAGAGAUCUGCGAGAGCUGCAUUCGGGAAGAAACUCUCAGAGAAGUGAGAGACUCACACUUCUUUUCCAUUAUCACCGACGAUGUGGUAGACAUAGCAGGGGAAGAGCACCUGCCUGUGUUGGUGAGAUUUGUUGAUGAAUCUCAUAACCUAAGAGAAGAAUUUGUGGGCUUCUUGCCUUACGAAGCUGAUGCAGAAAUUUUGGCUGUGAAAUUUCACACUACGAUAACUGAGAAAUGGGGGCUAAACAUGGAGUACUGUCGUGGCCAGGCUUACAUUGUGUCCAGUGGAUUUUCUUCCAAGAUGAAAGUUGUUGCUUCUAGACUUCUAGAGAAAUAUCCUCAAGCCAUCUACACACUCUGUUCUUCCUGUGCCUUAAAUAUGUGGUUGGCAAAAUCAGUACCUGUUAUGGGAGUAUCUGUUGCAUUGGGAACGAUUGAAGAAGUUUGUUCUUUUUUCCAUCGAUCACCGCAACUGCUUUUAGAACUUGACAGUGUAAUUUCUGUCCUUUUUCAGAACAAUGAAGAAAGGGGUAAUGAACUAAAGGAAAUUUGCCAUUCUCAAUGGACGGGCAGGCAUGAUGCUUUUGAAAUUUUAGUAGACCUCUUACAAGCACUUGUUUUAUGUUUAGAUGGUAUAAAUAAUGACACAAAUAUUAGAUGGAAUAACUGUAUAGCUGGCGGAGCAUUUGUACUCUGUAGUGCAGUAACAGAUUUUGAUUUCAUUGUUACCAUUGUUGUUCUUAAAAACGUUCUAUCUUUUACAAGAGCCUUUGGGAAAAAUCUCCAGGGUCAAACCUCUGAUGUCUUCUUUGCAGCAAGCAGCUUGACUGCAGUGCUGCAUUCACUAAAUGAAGUGAUGGAAAAUAUUGAAGUUUAUCAUGAAUUUUGGUUUGAGGAAGCCACAAAUUUGGCAACCAAACUUGAUAUUCAAAUGAAACUCCCUGGGAAAUUCCGCAGAGCUCAGCAAGGUAACGUGGAUUCUCAGCUAACCUCUGAGAGUUACUACAAAGAAACCCUAAGUGUCCCAACAGUGGAGCACAUUAUUCAAGAACUUAAAGAUAUAUUCUCAGAACAGCACCUCAAAGCUCUUAAAUGCUUAUCUCUGGUACCCUCUGUCAUGGGACAGCUCAAAUUCAAUACGUCAGAGGAACACCACGCUGACAUGUACAGAAGUGACUUACCCAAUCCUGACACACUGUCAGCUGAGCUUCAUUGUUGGAGAAUUAAGUGGAAACACAGAGGAAAAGAUAUAGAGCUUCCAUCCACCAUUUAUGAAGCCCUCCAUCUGCCUGACAUCAAGUUCUUUCCUAAUGUUUAUGCAUUGCUGAAGGUCCUGUGUAUACUUCCUGUGAUGAAGGUUGCCAAUGAGCGCUAUGAAAAUGGACGAAAGCGUCUCAGAGCAUAUCUGAGAAACACUUUGACAGACCAAAGGUCAAGUAACUUGGCUUUGCUUAACAUAAAUUUUGAUAUAAAACAUGAUCUGGAUUUAAUGGUGGACACAUAUAUCAAACUCUAUACGACUAAGUCGGAGCUUCCUACAGGUAAUUCAGAAACUACUGAAAAUACCUAAGAGACUGUUUUAAAAUAGGUUUUCUAUUUGAUAUUUGGAGGAAAAGCUGUAAGGCAUAUAUAGGCCACUUAAUCACUGAAUAUCUUUGCCUAUAGGCCUCUGAUUAUUAGCCAUUGAUAAUCUACCUAUUUAAAUGGCCCCUCUUUUGAACUGUCAUGCUUUAAAGAUGUAUCUGUUCUUCCAGAAGAUAGCAGUUAAAGUGCCACGUUUUGUUUCUGUGUGAUCUCUCUUGUGGCACUCUGGAGUUGUUUUAGUUAAGUCAUUUUAGACAUAACAUCAUCACUGUGGAUCUAAUUAAUCAGGCAGGUAUUGAGUUACAGUCCUUUUAAGAAAUAAAUUUUGAGGAGGUGUGGGAAGAAGGAAUAUAUUUUAUAAAAUGUUACAAUGAAUCUCAAGACUGAUCUUUGACUAGUGGGAGUUUUAAGUAUGUUGUAAAAAAUCUGUAAUGGACAGUGAAGGGAAUUACCAGAGUGAGACAAACUGAGCUAGCCAAACAUGUCUUUAUCAAAUGAACCUAAAGGAACAAGUUACAGUUAAAGUUCGAAUGGAAGAGCUUACCAUUGUUCCACAUCUGUUUGCUGCUGUUUACAUUCCUUUGUUGAGCCUACACCUUCAUAGACUUUUUGGCAGGUAUAUGUUGAACACUUCUGUUUCAUGGUUAAGACAGAAUCUGAGGCCAUGGACACUAACAACUGAUACAUCUGUUGUCUUCUGUCUUUUCCAUGACUACAUCUACUGCCUCAUCUUGAUUUAUAAGCAAAACCUGGAAAACCUACAAAAAUAAGUGUUUUGUGGUUUAUCUAGGAAUAAUACAGAAAAUAUUACUGUUAUUUUUGGUGAAGAAGAUCAAUUUUGUACAGUUUAUUUCAAUCUAAAUAAAAUGUGAAUUUUGUUUAAA